AUGAUGGCACAAUGUUUGAUGCCAUUUAACGUCUGUGGAAACAAAUGUAAUCGAGAUGAAAUAAGGAAACAACUUCAUUUACUUGGACUUCAACAUGUAUCACAAUAUUUCACAGAACUCAUUUAUUUGCAAGACAUGGGAGUUGAAAUUUGUGGCAUUAAGUUCUAUGGAACUCCAUGGGUGUCUGCAGUAGAAAAUGCUGCAUUUCAUUGUCCAAGAAGUAAAAUCAUGGAUAAAUGGAAUCAAAUACCUCGUGGAAUUGAUAUUUUAAUAAGUCAUAUGCCACCAUUAGGUCAUGGUGAUUUCAAUUUUAGUUCUGGACACAUUGGUGAUGUCGAUUUAUUUGGAACCGUCGCUUGUCGUCUGGGUCCACGAUUUCAUAUUUUUGGACAUAACCGUGAAGGCUAUGUUAUAUCGGAUUUUGAUAAUAAGUUGUUUAUUUCUGUUACACAAUUUGGAAAAAUUGGUAGUUUGGUAAUUGUUCGUCGAGACGUCAAUUUAGCCGAAGAUUCAACGCCAGUUUAUUCUGUAAAGUCAUUAUUGGGCAAGGAUCAGGCCGAAUAUCAUUUUUUUGCAAGACAUUUGUACGAAAGUCUUCAUUUAAAAAAACAAUUAUUAUUUGGUUUUGCAUUAAAAUCAUUUGCAAAAUCGGAUUUGGAACUUGUUAAGAAAUUUAUUCAAACACAUAUGAAAGAUAUUAGUUGUAGUGAACCAUAA